AUGCCUCGUGGUGCUUCUGGUUCAUCGAAAAAAGCUAACAAAGAUCCAAAUGCUCCAAAACGACCAUUAUCAGCAUUCUUUCUCUUUUCACAAGAUGAACGACCUGAUAUAAAGAAAAAGAGUCCAUCAUUGUCUGUUGGCGAUAUUUCUAAAGAAAUUGGUGCCCGAUGGAAAAAAGUCACUGAUGAUACUAAAAAACGUUAUGAACAAAAGGCUGCAGUUGAAAAACAAAAAUAUGAGCAACGUCUUUCAGAAUAUAAAAAGAGUGGUGGUGGCGGCGGUGGUGGUUCACCUGCUAAAGCUAGUAAAGGUGGAGCAAAAGCAUCUUCAAGCAAAAAAGCAUCACCAAAGAAACCUGUUGGUAAAAAAGCACCAGCUAAAGCAAAAUCAUCGGAUGAAGACAAUGAUGACGACGAUGAAGAUGAUGACGAUGAAGAUGAAGAUUAA